GCAGUACUCAUGGCGGUUCCGUUCCCUCCGUACUCGCCAUCAGCUCAGAUAUCACUCGAGAGCAAAAACUAUUGGCAAGAGGCUUGCCGCCUUCAAACUAAGGGACUCGUUGCCUGUGAAUUGUUGUCGACGACUCUUUUUAUACCCUAGAAGUUGUUGUCUGCCCGUGACCCCACUAUAACAGCCGGUGUUAAUGUUCUAGAAACGUAGCAAGUGGCAGUCCGAAAUGCCUCUGGAAUCCACCAUCGGUUCGAUUUCGCGCAGCUAAGUUGUUAGGAAGCUAGUAACUAAUCCCCGCUACGCGAGCGUAUUUUUGAAACAUCCGUCCUGCAUUGUCUAAAUAGAAACCUACAGUGUAAUAGGUCAGCUCGUUAUUACCGUCGAAUCGUAUACCAAAUGCUCGUGUUUGAUGUGUAGUGGCUUUGUAAACAAUUCAUCCAACUCUGAUGAAAUUCACAAAUGAUAUUCCCUAUGAUCAGAUCUUGAUCGCUGUAUCCCUAGUUGAUUCCACAAAAGGCUCCGCUCGGUGGAGUUGUACGACUGGUGGCAAAUCUUUCGAAGCGGUGCAUUAUUUCUUUUUCUAUACAAAUAGUGAACAUUCGGAGUUAUCGUAUCGCGGGUGUCUUUUCACAAAGACCCGCUAAUCUACAGUGCGAUAUGAGUCAAUCCAUUGCUCGCUUUUACCCUAACACGGAUAUACACGUUGAGCAAAGUGUAUUAGAUUUUGUUAAGGACAGAUGUCAACGCUACGCCGAGAAAACUGCUAUAAUUGAUGCGCGUCUGGGGUUGCAGUGGUCGUUUGCCGCGCUCUUCACUCGAGUGAAACAGCUUCGCGCGUUUCUACUUCGAAACGGAGUGUCCAGCGGCGAGCACGUAGCUAUUCACGCCUACAAUGGAAUUGAGACUUACACCUCUAUAUGGGCCAUCGCCUGCGUACCCGCCGUCGCAGUCCUUAUCAGGCCAAGCUUCAAAUAUCGUGAAACAAAGAGCGUUCUCAGUAUAUCGCAAUGUUCAACUGUGAUCACGGACAUAGAUCAUCUCGUCACCGUUCUUACAAUUCAAGAGAAGCUUAAUGCAAUUAAGAAAAUUUUUGUUAUUGGCGACUCUGAUACGCGCUACCCAUCAGUGUCCCAACUGUUUCGAUCGACCCCAAUGGAGGAUGAUGAGGUCAGGAACGAAUUUGACGGCGAACCUAGCAGGGACCUAUCUAAGACUACAGUGUUUAUGGUACCCACCUCGGGUACGACAGGAAGGCCUAAGCUCGUUGAGCACACUCAUCGCAGUUAUCUAAGCAGUUUUCACAUCGGAGAUCCAUAUAUGAACGUGUUCUGUAGAAACGAUGUAUUAGUCACAUGGGCAAGCCUGACACAUGUUACGGGCGUUUGGAAGAUGGGGGGAUGUCUGCAUGCAGGGGCCGCUUUAGUCGUUACUCGCUUUGAUAAUCUGCCGACCUAUGACGACAUGCGCACCAUCUGCAACCGAUACCAGGUGACGACUUUCAUGAUAUUUCCCACGAUGUCUCGAGUGAUCCUUAUGAAUGCCAACGGAGAACCCACGAUGUCGGUCAGAAACAUCAUCUGCGCAGGUAGCCGAGCUACUCCUGGUCUUGAACAUUUAAUGCGCCGUUGGUUCCCAAAUCUAAAACAAUUGCGCAACCUGUUGGGCCAGACUGAGGCAAUGAUCUAUGUCUCAAUUACUCCCUCUGGCGAAUUUGACCUCCGUUCAAUUGGUUAUCCGCCGUCGAAUUGCCAACUUCGUUUGCUCGAUACGGAAACAGGUGAGGAGGUUGCCUCAGGGGAAAUCGGCGAAAUCGUCAUCAAAAGCCCUUCGCUGAUGAAAGGCUACUUUCAAAAUCCAUGCGAGACAAGCGCAGUAUUCACUGAGGACGGAUGGCUUAAGACUGGUGACCUCGCCUAUCAGGACUCAGUAACAGGCCGGUACUACUAUGUGGAUCGUAUAAAGGAAAUGAUCUUUUGUAAGGAUAACCGAAUCUAUCCCGGAGAACUGGAAAUCGUCCUUAUGGAGCACAUGUGCGUUGCAGAAGCCGCUGUUAUAGGUGUACCGCAUCCAGCUAUCGGGGAAGCACCCGCGGCGCUUGUCGAAUUGAAAAACGGGACUCAGCCUUCAGAGCAGCUUCGCAAGGAGAUAGCAGAUCUUGUCGAAUCUCAACUGGCAAGCUUCAAAGUGCUUUAUGGAGGUGUACAUUUUGUAGAAAGGCUUCCCCGAACAGAACUAAACAAGGUGGCGCGACGCAGACUCCGGGAGCUUCUACCUGAUAUUGCACCUGCAUAUGCGCGAUGAUAACAAAUAUUCUCUGAAAAAGGUUGACUUCGACGUUUUGUGGUCUAUGAUAAAUAGCAGAAGGCGCAAUAAAUUUAGGAUGUACAUACAUCGGUUGUGGUCAGUUAUCGAAAACAAAAUUAACAUAUAUCUUACCUUAUAUAAGAAUGGAAAACUUAGUAGCGAGGCAUACCCUUGUCAAAUGUGUACAUCGCUGGCGUUGUUUCAACGAAGAGGCAACAAAAA